GUCCACAGCGACAGGAUAAAGAGCAGAGUCUGCCUUCAGUUCACAUCCUUCUUUGUGAGCACAUUCAUGUUGCUCCGUUCAGACACUAGGUAACCGUAGUGGAUGUUAUUUAGCAGCUGAUGUGUUUUACCUGCAGACACAGCAGAGAGAGGAGCCACCAACAUGAGGUUUAAAGUAGCAGAAGCUGGAUUUGUCGUCUUCCUUCUCUCCUUAUCAGUGGUACUUGGUCAGACUGAUCAUGGAGUGACUUACUCUUCUACUCAGAUCUGUGCUGUAGAAGGAUCAACAGUGGAAAUAAGCUGCAGCUACACGUACCCAUCCAGAAUAAAUGACAACGUCACCGUGGUUGAAAAAGCUUUAUGGUUUACUAAAAUGGAAGGUGGUGAACCUGUGGAUCUGAUGACAGAGGCAGAGUUUUCAGGUCGUGUUCAGUAUCACUGUGAUGAGAACAAGUGCACUCUGAGAAUCUCAGACCUUAGAGAGAGAGACUCAGCUGAGUACAAGUUCAGAUUCACAACAAACCAACCAGGAGGGAAAUAUACUGGUUCACCUGGAGUCACUCUGACUGUCUCAGUUCUCCAUGUAGAGGCCAAGAAAACAUCUCCAACAUGGCAUCCUAACUGGGCAGAGGUGAAGUGUCAGAGCAGGUGUCGUCUAUCUGCUCGUUCCUACGUCUGGUAUAAGAAUGGAGUGAACAUGAACAAAGACAAUGUUUCAAGGGAACAAUUCUUUGAUGGUGGAGACAGUGUUUCCUGUGCAGUUAAAGGAUCUGAGAAGUUUCCCUCUCCUCCACAAUGUGCUGUUUAUCAUCCAUGUAACAAAGUGACUUACACUGACAGAAGCAUCUGUGCCAUCAAAGGUUCAUCAGUGGACAUUUCCUGCACAUACAGUCAUUAUGAUUAUCAUCAUGAUGUUGUGUCAAAGUUCUGGUUCAGUCCUGAUCGUAGUCGUCAGUGGAUGAAUCCCUCACAGCCUGAGGACCUGAGUAAAGACUCCCAGUAUUCAGGUCGUGUUCAGGUCCUUGAACCAGAGACAGGAAGAUCCACUCUGAGAAUCACUAACCUGAGAGAGAGUGAUUCAUCUGAGUAUCGCUUCAAAUUCAAGACACGAUGGUUUGAAUGGAGAAGUGUUUUACCUGGAACAACUCUGACUGUCACAGCUCUGCAGGUGCAGGUGACCAGAAUAAUAUCAGUCCAUCAGUCUCAAACUGAGGCAGAGCUCAAGUGUCUCAGCAGCUGCAGUCCAGCUGGUCGUCUUUACGUCUGGUUCAAGAACCAACAGAGAAUCAGGACACAGCAAACUUCUACUUUGACAGACAACUUUUCUCCUGGAGACGCCGUCUCCUGUGCUUUCAGCGGACAUGAGGAUUACCGCUCUCCUUCAGUCCAUCCUUCAAAGGUUCCCUCUGUAUCAGUGAGUCCAUCUGGUGAGAUAGUGGAG